GCUGGAACAUGAACGGUCUAAACACUGGUCUUGCAUCCUGAGUUUGAAAUAUCCUUGAGCGGGACUUUAAUGAGACGUGGCUGACAGAGGGCAGUGCUCAUUUUUGUCCUCUGAGAUGCGUUUCCACAUUAUCAUCGCAGCUUUUCUCUGGGCUGCGUUUGUGGAGUCGCGGAAAAUCCGAGGAAUAUCAUCGUCCUAUAAAAGGUUCUACAGGGAGAGGAAGUCAUUUCUGUGCAUAGACGGAUCCAAAAUGAUUCCUUUCGAGCAGGUGAACGACGACUACUGCGACUGCGCAGAUGGAUCUGAUGAACCAGGCACCUCAGCGUGUCCUCGUGGUCGGUUCUACUGCACCAACCUGGGCUUCAGGCCGCACUACAUCCCAUCAUCUAGAGUCAAUGAUGGCAUCUGCGAUUGCUGCGACGCUUCAGAUGAAUACAACAGCCACGCUCGCUGCCAGAACACUUGCUGGAAUCUGGGACAGAAAGAGCGGGCGUACGUGGAGGGUCAGAUGAAGACCUUGGAUGAGGGUUUGAGACUCAAGCAGCAGCUGAUUGAGGAGGGGGUGCUGCUCUGGAGGGAAAAACAGGCGCAGCUCAGAGAGCUUCAGCGGGCUGCUGAAGAUCUGCAGAUCAAGUUAGAGGAGCACAGAAAGAGGAAACAUGAAGCUGACCGACUCAAAGAACAAACAUUAAAGGCUUUGAAAGCUGGGGAUAAAGGUUUUAGGCAUCAGAAUAGCACCGUAUCUCACCUUUUCCAACUACUGGACAGCAAUAAAGAUGGCAGUAUAUCGUUGGAUGAAGUCAAGGCUAAAGUGGUGCUUGUCCAUGAUGAGACGAGGGUUCUCUCCGAGGAUGAAGCACUGACUUUGCUGGGUGGAGGCCACCAAAUGGAUCUGAGCAAGUUUCAAAACACCCUCUGGGACGUCCUAAUACGAGGCGAUGGCUACAAGAUCAAAGACGCCCACAGUGCCCCAGGUGGUCUCAUGAGUGAAGAUCCUCACUUAAAGGCAGCUGACAGAGCUGCAGAGUGGGAGGCUACCAACUUGAAGAAGGUGGAGGAAGCCUACGAGACAGUCAACAUGGAAAUAAGUGAUCUACAGAAGAAGCUGGAAAUAGACUAUGGGACAGAUUGGGAGUAUUUGUUUCUGAACGGCCAGUGCUACAAGCUGAAAGUGUAUGAGUACAUGUAUACCCUGUGCCCAUUCAAUAUGGUCUCACAAAAGAGCACAGCAGGAACAGAGGUCUCAUUAGGGCUGUGGGGAAUGUGGGCAGGACCAGCAAAGAACCACUACAGUCAGAUGGUGUAUGAGAACGGAGAGCCGUGCUGGCAAGGAGGAUCUCGCACUACCUCUGUCACUAUGACAUGCGGAACGGAGACAGCCCUGCGAUCGGUGAAGGAACCCAGCAAAUGCCAGUACAUCAUGGACUUUGAGACUCCGGUGGCCUGUCAGCCGGUGCUGAAGCAGAGGGGCGUGCACAGCGAACUGUGACCUCCCCUUCCCUUUGCCGCCUUAGCCUGGAAUAACUUGGACCCCUGCCCUUGUUGGCUUGCCCACAGUGACAGGCCGGGGUCCUGAGGGUCCCCUCUGACAUCUGUGUUGUCAGAACGUAUAUACUUCCAAGCAAGUUUGACUGAGGUCAGAAAGUAUUCUUUUGUAAUGAUGUUCCAUGAACACUUUCUGUGGUUUGCAUAGACUUACUUUGCUAUUUUAUAUCCAUUCUGUGCUUCCAUGUAGCGAUUACUGACACAUUUCUGAGACGGGAACGUUUGUGAAAUAGCUUGGUUUCAUUACAAAACAGAGCAAUAUUACAAUAAAUGAUUUCAUAAAGUCGGGCCAGUUAGGUUACUAUUGUUGCGAAUCUAAGCGCUACUUUCGAUGGUGGCUUUGUCAUUCUUCUCGAUUGUAGGGUUCGCUUUAUUAUAGCCAUCAUCUAAUAUCAGAAGAAGAAAUAUUGAUAUAUCCUCAUACAUGUAUAAAUAAAAUAGUUAUAUUUAAAAAAUCACCAAAAAGACCAAAAAGCAAAAAAAAGAGCGAUAAUCAGCAGACAGAUUGUUAAUGUCAAGAGUUCAGUUUUUCUUUUCCCCGACUGAAAUUUGUAGGAUUUCCAGUCACUUUUAGUCAGUUUUAAAGUAUCAAUGCCAAAGUUUAUGUUGAAUCAGAUGGGAUGGCUGGAUUGUAAAUGUUACAUGUUUGGACAGGCGGCUAGUGGAUCAUUUUAGCUCCAACUUUGGUUUGUGUAAUUCUGUUACAAAAAGCCUCAUCUUGGGCAUGUUGACAUUGCUGUCCUGGGGGGGUUUUUUUAGAGUCCGAUACAUUGUGCAAUGAACUUUUUUUUUUCUGACAACUCCAGUUAGAUGUGACGACAGUGGUCACCAAACAUCCAGAGCAACCAUGCCCUUCAGGUUACACUGAUGACACAUUGAUUUAGGCCAGAUCUCUUAAUAUUAAAAAUGAAAGAAACUGUUUAAUUCAACGUUAAUUUAAUGUACCUCUGUGUCAAGAGCUAAUGAAUCUGGUUUAUUUAGCAGUAAACAUAAAUGUUUUGUCUUCAGAGGAACAAAUAUGUCAAUCUGAGCCUCUGUGACCGUUACAUAUUUACAUUUUAAACGGCCUGAAGCCUGAGAUCCAGCAGGGAAGGUCAGAAAGUAUUCAGGAACGCACAAAAACUUCUCAGUAUGUCCAUCAGAUGGUAAAGUGUUGCAGCACUUUCCACUUACACUUGAGAGAUGAAAUAUUUGUAACUGUAUAUUAUAGAAAGUGAUUACGUUACACAUAGCUGCUGUAUUAAAGUUUUAUUUCUAAACAGUUUUGUCCUUUUUCCAUCUAAUUUAAAAUAAUUUCACACGGAGUUUUGAGUAGCUUACUUGUACGUUUUCUGGAAAUGUUACAUGACACUGUACAAACCAAGGUCCAUAAAAAACUUGAUGUGGAAGAACUUGACUGGUAGGCUCAUAGUCCUGACUCCAAUCCAACAAAACACUUUUAGCAUAAGAUAGAGCAAAGCCUGUGAGACAGGCAAACUCAUCCAACACUGUCUGAGUUCACAUGAGGUUCCUACAAAAAUGGUCAAAAGUUUGUGUAGCCACUCGCCUUUGGGGAAGCAUUCCUCAGAGAGCUGACCGUGUCAUGGGGCAAAGCAGGUGUUGGAUAUAUUGACUUCUGGGUUUCUCAAAUGGACCUUUCACCUCUGCAUCCAAAUAUUGGAUAAAUGGAAGAGAAUUCGUCACUAGUGGUGAAUAAAUUCUGAAUAAUCUGGCAUCUAAA